CUCAUGGGGGAGAUGUCCCUUGCAGACAGGACUGCAAGACCCGCUCCUGCCAGGUUGGACUUUGCCUCCAAACGUGGCGCAGCCUCUUCCAUUGUGACAUCACCCACUGCCGUUGUGUCACAAAGCAGCGUCAGCGCUGAGGUCGGCACAGCAGGGGAUAAGACCAGGGGUCUCCCUGCGCCUUGGCCACUCUCGAUCUUGAGGGAACCGAGAUCGCAGAGUUUUUGGCUCAUUCCUGAGCAAGGAAGAUGCUUGUUACCUGCACCUCAGCAGGUACCAAGGGACACACAGAGAAGGUUGAACGUCUGAACGGGACGAUGAAGGUUCUCAAGGCAACAACCCUGGUGCUGCUCCUUGGUAUCUUCUCUUUCGGUGUUUACCACGUGGGACGACUUGGUGCCUUAACCCCCUGGAGCACUGCAGACCUGAGCAAAGCCCUGCCCCUGCCAGACCAUCUCCGUGAGGUUCAGGAACAGCUUUAUCAUCUGCGCUGGAGCGCUAAGGAUGUGGCUGAGCGGGCUCUGCAGGAAGGACUGAAGCAGGCAAAGCUCCCAGGCGUUACCGGACGGGCUGUUCACGAGAUCAUCAGUCAAGCCCUGGAGAAGCUGGAGGCAAUCCAAGUCCCGAUGCCGGAUUACGCCCUGAAAUCAGCAGGGGCAGCUGUCAUUCAUUCCAAGACUUCUCCAUCCUUCCGAACUGGCAAAGCCAAGUUCUUCUUGUACUCCCUGCCGGUGAUGGAUUACAUGAGGUCCCCUGAGCUUAUUCUGGAGCCAGAAAAUCAUCCUGGAAACUGCUGGCCCUUCCCAGGAAGUCAGGGACACGUCUUCAUCAAGCUGUCCAUGCCAGUCAUUCCCAGAGCCAUCACCAUGGACCAUGUCUCAGGGACAGCAUUCCAUGGAGAAAGCAUCUCCGGAGCUCCAAAGGACUUUGCUGUCUAUGGCUUCAAGGAAGAACACGAGGAGAAGGGAACGUUCCUGGGACAGUUCACUUUCCUGGCAGCCCUGAAUCCCAGUCAGACCUUCCAGCUGAAGAACGAGCUCCCUGGGGUCAUGAAUUACAUCAGGCUGCAAGUGCUGAGCAACUGGGGCCACCCGGACUACACCUGCCUGUAUCAGUUCAGGGUGCACGGUGAUCCGCUCAAAGACGGGGGAGACACGGCAGUUUCACCUGUCAAUAAAUUCCAUUAA